AGCAACAACAACAACAGCAACAAACCCGUAAGUCCGCGUAUUGCCUAUUUUUUUCUUCUUCUUGGCGUACUAAACUUUACAUGCGAUAGCUACUCCUCCCCCUCCAACUCCAGCAGCACCUACAACACCCAACGGAUCGCAAAUGAACUUGCAAUACCAAAUGCUCGCUUACAACCUCCUGUCACAAAACCUCAAUAAUAAAUCCGAUUCAGAUGCACCUAUAGAAACCUUGUCGGGUGUAGAGGAAGUGCCCAAGACGAUGGCCGAACGACUUGUGGAAGCCAUUUAUCAACAGUCGGUGGAUUUUAUCAGUUUGAGGACCAACAAUGCUUUUUUGGCAGCUUCGGGACAGAAUACGACGAGCGUAGCACCCCCUUUAACAGCAUUAGAACUUUUAUCGGGACAGCCUAGAUCCCACGCUCAUGCAUCGAGACAACAACGUUUGUUAUUACCCGAUAUUGCACCUAGAGGACUUUCACCGUAUACAGUAUUACAGGAACGAGAGAAACGGAUUGAGCAUCGUGCGCAGGAGAAAACAAAACUCUUGGAAGCUAGCAUGGAUCAAGAUAUGAGACAACCGUUAGGUUACUUGCUGACAGAAUAUUAUGAUGAGACGGUCAAGACGGCAUCACCUGCUAAAUUAAAGACAAUUGUCCAAUUACGAUCUUUACAGUUACGUCAAAAGCAAACCAAGUUACGUGAAGAGAUUGUUAAAAAUAUGGAGGAGGCAAAUCGAUUAGCAAACUCGGUGGAUCGUACCGCCUAUCGAAAGAUUAUGAAACAAACCUUACGUGAAGCUAAAUUGACGGAGAAAUUAGAACGACAACAACGUAUGGACCGCGAAAAGAAGGAAAAGCAACGUCACCUGGAUUAUUUGCAGACUGUAUGUAAUCAAGGCCGUGACUUGAUUACAUGGCAUAAAUCACAUCAGGCAAAAAUGGGUAAAUUGGGUAAAGCUAUCUUGCAAUUUCAUGCACACAUUGAUAAAGAGGAACAAAGAAGAUCCGAUAAACGUUCCAAGGACCGUAUUAGAGCUCUCCGUAACGAUGAUGAAGAGGCGUACUUAAAGUUAAUUGAUGAGGCCAAGGAUACUCGUUUGACUUUACUUUUGAGACAAACUGGUACUUAUCUCGAAUCAUUGACAAAAGCUGUGGUAGAUCAACAAACAGAAAACUUGAAUUUCCAAAAUGACGAAGAAGAUGAUCAAGAGGAAAUUGAUGAGGAAAUGAUGUUGACCGAUUCCCAUGGUAACAAGGUGGAUUAUUAUAGAAUGGCGCAUCGUAUCCAAGAAAAGGUUUCCCAGCCUGCAAUGAUGACAGGUGGUAAACUUAAAGAUUAUCAGGUCAAGGGUUUACAAUGGAUGGUAUCACUUUAUAAUAAUCGCUUGAACGGAAUUCUUGCUGAUGAAAUGGGAUUGGGUAAAACUAUUCAGACGAUCAGUCUCGUGACUUAUCUAAUUGAAAGCAAGCAACAGAACGGUCCCUUUUUAAUCAUUGUCCCACUUUCGACAUUGACAAAUUGGGCGCUUGAAUUUGAGAAAUGGGCACCUUCUGUUACAAUGAUUUGCUACAAAGGUACACCAGAUGUGCGUAAAGAUAUCCAGAAACGAGAGAUCAAGCAUCGCAACUUUCAAGUGCUUUUGACCACAUUUGAUUACAUUAUCAAGGAUCGACCUGUGCUUUCAAAAAUCAAAUGGCAAUACAUGAUUAUUGAUGAAGGACAUCGUAUGAAGAAUACACAAUCCAAAUUGAAUCUUGUGCUGAGACAGUUUUACUUUGCUCGUUAUCGAUUGAUUUUAACCGGUACUCCGUUGCAGAAUAAUUUACCCGAAUUGUGGGCAUUGCUGAACUUUAUUUUACCCAAAAUUUUCAACUCUGUAAAGAGUUUUGAAGAAUGGUUCAAUACACCUUUUUCGAAUCAAGGUGUACAAGAUAAAGUGGAACUGAAUGAAGAAGAACAAUUGUUGAUUAUUAAACGUCUUCAUAAGGUGCUGCGUCCGUUCUUAUUGCGACGAUUGAAAAAGGAUGUAGAAUCAGAAUUACCGGACAAGGUUGAAACUGUAAUCAAAUGUAAAUUAUCUGCACUGCAAGCAAGAUUGUAUUUCCAAAUGAAGAAGUAUGGUGUGUUAUUUGGAAGCAGUUCUGCGAAUGGAAAAACAAGCAUCAAGGGCUUAAAUAAUGCGAUUAUGCAGCUGCGUAAAAUAUGUAACCAUCCCUUUGUGUUUGAGGAGGUAGAGCGAGUGAUUAAUCCUUACAAGAUCAGUAAUGAAUUACUUUAUCGUGUUUCUGGUAAAUUCGAUCUGUUGGAUCGUAUGCUUCCCAAAUUGCGGGCCACUGGACAUAGAGUCUUGAUCUUUUUUCAAAUGACACAAAUCAUGGACAUUAUGGAGGAUUUCUGUAUCUAUCGAGGAUUUAGACAUUUACGUUUGGAUGGUUCCACCAAGUCAGACGAUCGGUCCAACCUGUUGCAAGUGUUUAAUGCGCCAGAUUCACCCUACUUUAUGUUUCUUUUGAGUACAAGAGCCGGUGGUUUAGGUUUGAAUUUGCAAACAGCUGACACCGUCAUUAUUUUCGACUCAGAUUGGAACCCGCAUCAGGAUCUUCAGGCUCAAGAUCGUGCACAUCGUAUUGGACAGACCAAGGAGGUGCGAAUCUUCCGGUUGAUUACAGAAGAUUCUGUGGAGGAGAGUAUCCUGGCGCGAGCGCAAUAUAAAUUGGAUAUUGAUGGUAAAGUAAUUCAAGCGGGUAAAUUUGAUCAUCGCAGUACAGAAGAGGAUCGAGAAGCAUUUCUGAGGUCGCUUUUGGAAGACAAAGGAAACCCUGUGGAAGAAGCGAGAGAGGCAGAAGAAGAAAGUCAGGAGUUGGAUGAUGAAGAAUUAAACACGAUUUUAAAACGUUCGGACGCCGAAUACGCCAUCUUUCAAAAGAUGGAUCUGGAAAGACAGCGCAUGGACGCUGAAGAUUGGAAGCGUAAAUAUGGCGACAACGGAAAGAAACCUGAACGACUAAUUCAAGACUGGGAAUUGCCUGAUAUUUAUCGAUAUGAUCACAUGGCGGAAUAUCAGAAUGCAGUGGACGAUUCUGUCAUGGGUAGAGGCCAAAGAUCUAGAGAUAGCGUAAGAUACGAUGAUGGUAUGACUGAAAAGCAAUGGUUACGACAAAUAGAGAAGGAUGAAGAUGAGAAUAAAUCAAAUAAGCGCGCCAAACCUAAUUACCCGUAACGUGUAUAUAUAAAAGGAUUUAAGUGGUAGAAUGUGACAUAAACAGAAAAAAUUUAAAAAUAAAAUAAAAUCUUGUCAAAUCGUUAGUUCCGUGUCACCUUCUUUAAACGUUGCACACGUGUAUUAGACGAUUUGCAUUUAUGCGACCAUACAAAAAAAACAAUGAAUCGUUGCCUUGCAAAUACUCCAAUCAGAUCCGAAUUCUUACUUUUUUGGCUUCUCUCUCU